AGACAAAGAAAUCUCGCGCUGCGAAACAACACUAGCGCCAAAGAUGGCCGUCCCGUGCGGGCCUUGUUCUUCCCUACACAACAAACAUGGCUCCCUGCAGACACAAUCCCCGCAGUUAGCGUGACGCUCGUAACAGGACACGAUGCCCACCGUCCGGGGAGAUGGCAUGCGCGGACUCGCAGUCUUCAUCUCGGACAUACGGAACUGUAAGAGCAAAGAAGCUGAACAGAAGCGCAUCUUCAAGGAGCUCGCCAACGUGCGUGGCAAGUUCAAGGGGUCCCUAGACGGCUACCAGAAGAAGAAGUACGUCUGCAAGCUGCUGUUCAUCUUUCUCCUGGGACACGACGUCGACUUCGGCCACCUGGAAGCGGUCAACCUGCUCAGUUCCAAUAAGUAUUCGGAAAAACAGAUCGGGUACCUGUUUCUGUCGGUGCUGCUUCCGCCCGCCCAGGACUGCGAGCUUCUUAGACUCUUGACGCAGUCGUUGAGGAAUGAUCUGGCGUCCAGGAACCCGGUCCACGUCCAGCUGGCCCUGCAGUGCAUCGCCAAUCUGAGCGGGAGCAGCAGGGUCGUAGCGGAAGCCUUUGGAAGCAACGAUAUCAGCAGGCUGCUCAUCGCCGGUGACGCUGGCGACGGGGUACGUCAGAGUGCCGCUCUGUGUCUUCUGGCGCUCUUGAGGGCGAUGCCGGAGCAUGCUCCGGGUGUGGAAUGGAGCAGUCGUCUGGGAGCACUGAUAGCCGACUCGCAUUUGGGAGUUGUCACGGCUUCCACGAGUCUUAUAGAAGCGUUAGCCAAGAGAAACCCGGACGACUACAAGGGCUCCGUGCCGGUCGCCGUGUCCCGACUUUCGCGUCUAGCACAGGCAUCUUGUUCCGAUCUUCAGGACUACAGCUACUACCUUGUCCCUGCGCCCUGGCUCUGUGUUAAGCUUCUUCGUCUUCUCCAGCACUUGCCUCCGCCCGAAGAGACAUCGCUGAGGGUUCGCCUCGAAGAGUGUAUCGAAGUCAUCAUGUCUCGAGCUCAAGAGCCUCCGCGCUCCAAGAAACUACAACAUUCAAACGCCCGUAACGCCGUGUUGUUCGAAGCCAUUCAGCUCGUCCUGCACCUCGAUUCUCCGAUGCUGCUGGCGCGAGCGUGUGCACAGAUGGGACACUUUCUGACCCACCGUGAGGCUAACCUGCGCUACCUAGCCCUAGACAGCCUGCGUCUUCUAGCCGCGGCCGGAAGCGACAGCUGCACUCAGGAAGCCGUGAAGCGACACCGUGAUACAGUUGUCACGGCCUUGCAGACAGAACGCGACGCGAGCGUGCGACAACGAGCCGUCGACCUGUUAUACGCCAUGUGCGAUCGCAGCAACGCCGAGGACAUCGUCGCUCAGAUGCUGGCGUACCUCGAGACGGCCGAUUACGCGGCCAGAGAGGAGAUGGUACUCAAGGUAGCCAUACUGUCCGAAAAAUUCGCCUCGGAUUAUGCCUGGUACGUUGACGUAGUCCUGAAGCUGAUACGGAUCGCUGGUGACCACGUGGGUGACGAGGUGUGGUACAGAGUGAUACAGAUUGUAGUGAACCAUCACGACGUUCAGACCUACGCCGCGCGGACGGUCUUCGAGGCCCUACAAGCCCCGGCAUGUCACGAGAACAUGGUCCGUGUGGCAGGUUACAUCUUGGGCGAGUUCGGAGGUCUGAUCGCUGAAGACCCUCAGUCGUCGCCUUCGGCGCUGUUUAACCUUUUGAAGUCAAAGUACCCUCUGUGCUCCGCGGCGACCCGAGCAUUGUUAUUGACAACGUUUGUGAAAUUUGCGAACAUGUUCCCACAUUUGAAACAGGAGGUACAGACGGUACUGCGCGGAGAUGCCAAUCUCCGUUGCUCCGAUGCGGAGUUACAACAACGCGCGGUCGAGUACCUCAGCCUUAGUGAAGGAGCUGAAGUCCUGGCGACCGUUCUCGAAGAGAUGCCACCGUUCCCCGAACGACAGCCCUCCGUGCUUUCAGGGCUGAAGACAGCGCAGCCUUCCUCCAGCAUCGACCCGAUGCGCGACCUCCUUCAGGACCCUUCUGCCAACACCAGCAGUGAGGUCACGCAAGUGGACGUACCUCCCCUGGAGAAUGCCCUCAUCGCGAACGAUAAGGGACUCAAACAUCUGGUCAUCAGCAACCAAGGAACUCUCUACGAGAACGACAUACUUCAGGUAUGCGUCAAGGCUGAAUUUCGCCAGAACCUCGGACGCGUGGCGCUGUCUUACACGAACAAGACACCGUUCCAGCUGCAAUGUUUCUCUGCUACCGUAUCGUGCAGUCCUUUUCUAUCGUCCAAACUGAACGUCCAGGCGCGACCCAUAGAAUCGGCCCUCGAACCAGGAGCGCAACUUCAGCAGAUGGUUAACAUCGAAUGCGUCGAAGAGUUCUCGGAGUUACCGGCCGUCGUCAUUCACUUCUUGCACUGCGGCACGCAGCAUCGACUGGUGCUCAAACUACCCGUCUUCCUGAACAAGUUCUUCGAACCCACGACCAUGUCCUCGGACACGUUCUUCUCGCGUUGGAAGCACCUGGGCGGCAUCGGGGGCCAGGAGGACCGCAAGGUCUUCAAGGCGCGGCAAGCCAUGGAACCCGAGAUGGCGCCGGAGAAGCUCAGGGGUUUCGGCAUGCAGAUGCUGGAUAAGGUUGAUCCCAACCCGGAUAACAUGGUGUGCGCGGGGGUCCUCAACACGAGGUUGGGUCAGAUCGGCGUGCUGCUACGCCUGGAGCCCAACCGGCAAGCGCGAAUGUACCGCCUCACGAUACGGGCGGGCAAAGACGGUGUUGCUAAGAUUCUGACAGACAUACUUUGUGAACAAUUCUAGAUGUGGUGGUUGCGUUUUAAGAUUCCGUGUCCAUAUGUGCUGUAGCUUGCGAGUUGGUAGAGCAUUAAAACGAUUCAGCUCGCUCCA